GCACCUCCGCUCCUCUUAGAAAGGGCGAUCUUAGACUGAGGGGUUGAGGCACCUCCCUUUCGACGUUUUCAUAGAAGACAUCAUGUCUCGACAAGGUCCUUCAAAUGCGGUGAUUGGGGGUCGUGUUUCUAAGGCCAUCCUAAAGACGCCAGAGAAACCAAAGCAGGCGCAGAAACAGUUCGGCUCGCGAUCCUCGGAACCCAAAUAUGGCUGGUGUCCACAGUGCCAGUUUGGCCACAAGGUCAGAGGGGGAGUCAACCCCGAGAACGGCGGCAAGUUUGCUGGCCAAUUCCGAUUUACAUGCAGCAAGCCCGAGUGCAAUUUCCUCCAACUCUUGAACGAAGACCCAAUGCUCACGGCUCCCCCAACGCCUUCCAAGCACCCAGAGUGCCCUCAAUGUGGUCUGGGCCGCCUGUUGAAGAAGUGUAAGGACGUCUUCAACUACAAAGACCAGUACCUGGAGUGCACGCGAAGGAACGCUCCUGAAAGGCCUUGCGACUACCGUCAAGCGAUUCAAACGCCUAGUAAAGAGAAGGAGGCGAAAGCGAAGGCGACACCAAAGCUCGACGGGAAGAAGGAAACAGACAUGAAGACGAUACCGCCGCCCGCAAGACCAGAGCUCAUACUGUCUGAUCCCGCUGUCACCUCCAGCAGUCAGCUUCAGGCAGGCGCCAUGGCAUGGGAAGCUGCUAUCCUGGCCCGGGACCCCGAGGGGCUUAUCGACCUCACGAAAGACGACCCGUCAACCACAGUUGAUGCUCGAUCCGCCAUUAAGUCAGGGCCGAAGCUUGUCAGCAGCACUGAUCUUACCGGUCAUGAUUCCGACGAGGAGGUUUGGAUCCCGAAUAAGCGAAUUAGUAAUGCAACCAAUAUAGGUUGGAACAUCGCUCUAGGAAACACAGUCGACUUUGACGAUCUUGACGCGGAUGAAGAGCGCCAGUUGGUUGAGAUUGCCGACGCUGUCUCUGCUGCCUUUCAAUGAAAGCCAGCUUUCGAGUCACAGUGCCAGAGGGCAGGGCUGCGUGUAGAUAUGCCACCCCUUAGAAGGAAACCGAACCCCUGGAGACGGAGGUACGCUGCUGGGAAAUGAUGGGGGAUGGGAGGCGAGAGCGGUGGGAGACUGGCUGGCUAUUCAAG